GGCUGGCUUGACCGCAGUUAAAUCUUCCAGAAUUUGUACCGAACGUGAUGAAAUCUCAGAUUGGACGUCAAUCGCUACUUCGCCGGACGAAAACAUCUUUCGUUGCAUCUUUGCGUCCGGUUGAAGUCGUCUCGGUGCACGUUGAAAGCUUCUCGGCCUAGCUUAGCUUAGCCUGCUAGCCGCUAACAAAGAGACUCGUUUGCGAUCAGCACGUCGCUCAGCAGAGCUCAAGUGUGAGCGUAAAGUGUUGGGAUUGUCGUAAAGUGUGAACAUGUGUGCGGCAAGGACCGCAGACUACGAGGGGGAAGUUUGCGGCGUAAAAGACGAGAACGAGCGACCACGUCAAGUGCUGGAUGCUGUUUGCAAGAUGCAACCUCGAGUUGUGCAACACACAGCGGACGUCAGGGAAAAUCUUCAUCCAGAAUGGGAGCACUCAGCGUCCCCUCACAUAAAAGAGGAAGAGGAGGAUGAAGAGUUUCAUCACAUCAAAGAGGAGGAGGAAGAGUUCUUAAAUAUUAAAGAGGAAGAAGAAGAGGAACUCUUCAAGGUUCCGUUGAUUGGUGGCCCUUUGAAGAGUGAAGAUGAAGGUCAAAGUGAGGAGAGACGAGGGGCGGAGCCUCCAAGCAGCAGCAAAAGUCAACACACGACAUCAGAAGGUGAUGGAGACCACUGUGGAGGAUCACCAGCAGACGGGCUCUUAGCUCCACUAUCGGAUAGUGAUGACACGACGUCACACUCUGAUGAUGAUGAUGAUGACGAUGAUGAUGAAGAGUUGGAAGAGGAAUUUGGAGCGACAUAUGAAAAUACACACUGGAGAGAAGCCUUUUGCCUGCUCCGAUUGCGGCCAAAGAUUCUCACAGAAAGGAACCUUAAAAAGCCACACAACAACGCACACUGGUGA